AUGAACGCCACAAGAGCAAACCAGCACUUCCAGUUGUUUGAUACCAUUCCUUGGAUGGUUGUGUACAUCUGUGAAGCAACUGUAAUCCUGACAGAAAAUUUGAUCACCGCUUACAUCUUCUGGAACAUACGAAGACGAUUAAGGCGCGCCAGCUACUUGCUCAUCAAUCUCGCAGUUGCUGAUUUUACAGUCGGCAUUGCGCUCAUCUUCUGGCUUUGGGACGGUAUUGCCGCGAUGAAAGGACGACACCUUAGCUAUUCAGUUGGAGAAAAAAUAGUAAUUUUCGAUGUAACAGUAGUAGUGGCUUCUUUAUUGUCUUUGGCCUUGAUAUCUUUGGAAAGAAUGUGUGCAAUUUUGUGGCCAUUUCGACAUAGAUUGUCAAGAAAAUGGUACUACGUAACUUCUGUUGGAAGCGUUUGGACACUGGCAAUCUUGAAUGGAGUAGCAAACAUAAACUUUAAUGAGCAAUUUAGCCUUUUCACGGUUAUCAGUUCUAUUACUUCAGUCGUAGUCGUAAGCGUUGCAUAUUUUGCAAUUUGGAUAAAAACGAGACGCCACAACCUACCGGGGAAAACGUCAAGAUCUCAAGAACAUGACCGGAGGUUAGCGAAGACUCUUUGUAUUGUUACAGGAUUGUCGAUCUUAUUUUGUUUGCCUUCUGGUGUCACACUUGCUUUAAAUAACUACACACAAAAUAUACAUUCAUUCGGGUUUCAAAUCACCAUAGUGGCAUUGUACGCAAAUUCGUUUUUGAAUCCAAUUGUCUAUUGCUUCAAGAUGCCUGAGUUUAAGCAAGCACUGGGAAAGCUUUUCUGUCGUUACUUUGGGAACAGGCUUAAUUUUCAGGAAAAAUCACUCGGAGUUACCAAUGGAGUUUUCUUAAGGUCUAUAGAGGCCGUUGAAGCACUCUAG